AUGCAGUUUUCCAGUUGUAAGAUGGGGACGAGUACCGUCUCGGUGCUGUUGGCGUUGAGUGCGGUCGUCUCCAAAGUUGCCGCGUUGGAUAUAGACUUGGACAAUUUGGACUCGAUAAGGAAUGCUACCUCGCUGAUCGCGUACGGUUUGAUGGACUACUACACCGGUGAACAGUAUGGGAAAACGGUGGGUAUGUUCGCUGAUCCGUACUACUGGUGGGAAGCCGGUGGUGCAUGGGGGUCCAUGCUAGAUUACUCGUGGUUUAUGGAUAACGACACGUAUGACUCCCAGAUCAUGAGCGCAAUGCUGCACCAGACCGGUGAGCACAACAACUACAUCCCGUUGAAUCAAUCGACCACGGAAGGUAACGAUGAUCAAGCUUUUUGGGGGAUCGCAGCGAUGACCGCAGCGGAAAGAAAUUUCACAAACCCACCCGAGGAUAAACCACAGUGGUUGUACUUGGCGCAGGCCGUUUUCAACACCAUGGCACUUCGUUGGGAUACGGAGUCCUGCGGCGGUGGGUUAAGAUGGCAGAUUUUCAACUGGAACUCUGGUUACGAUUACAAAAAUACAGUCUCCAACGGUGCCCUGUUCCACAUGGCAUCAAGAUUGGCAAGGUACACAGGGAAUCAAAGUUACGUCGAUUGGGCGGAAAAAGUUUACGAUUGGAUGUGGGACGUCCACGUCAUCUCUAAUAGCACGUACAUGUUUGUGUACGACGGUGUGGAUGCAAACGACAACUGUAGCACAGUGACACAAUACCAAUGGACGUACAACCAUGGGCUGUUGCUGGCCGGGUCCGCCUACUUGUACAACUUCACUGGUGACGAAGUUUGGCAUAACAGAACGAAAAAACUGGUGACCGCAGCGCAAGUGUUUUUCAACUCCACCACCGGUAUAAUGUACGAGGCUGCUUGUCAAGCAGCAUUGACUUGUAACAACGAUCAACGGUCCUUCAAGGCAUACUUCUCCCGUUUCUUGGGGUUGACUGCCCAGUUGGUCCCCGAGACGAGAACGCAGAUCAUGGGCUGGUUGAACACUUCGGCCGUUGCAGCUGGUAAAUCGUGCAGCGGUGGUUACGAUGGUCAUACCUGUGGGUUGAACUGGUUCAAGGAUGGCUGGGAUGGGAUGUACGGUCUCGGUGAGCAAAUGUCUGCCUUGGAGUGUAUUCUGAACACGAGAGCACUUAUGAAACCGGCCCCUUACACUGCAACCAAUGGUGGUUCGUCUAAGGGGGAGUCCAGCCGCUGGUACGGAAGCAUACCCAACCAACUUGUCCCCAUUGCAUAUCACAAAAGGGUCUCGGGCAGGUGCCGGUAUCAUCACUGCCAUCAUCGGUAUUUCAAUCGUAUCGUGUGCAUUGUGGCUAGUGUUCUAAGAAAACAAGAAUGA